GAGUUGGCAACGUCACCGUCGUCGUCUCCGUUUGGUCUUAUUUUCAUUUCAAUUCCAUUCACCUGAGCUUUCACUCCAAUAGCAGUUAAGCUGCUUCCAUCCACUCACCUACUCUCUCUCUCUCUCUCUCUCUCUCUCUCUCUACAAAUUCCUCAUUAAUUUUUCUCUCUCACACACUUACACACUCUAACACACACACUCUCCCUCUCUCUCUCAUCACAUUUAUGGUUGCAGUUACCGGAAUCUGCACCGGAUAGCCAGAAUCUAUCUCUUUCAGAGUUCGAUAUUUUUAGAGAGAGAAACGAUGCCGUUGGUGAGAGUGGAGGUGAGAAACGAGUACGGCUUAGGUAUGCCGGAGCUGUACACGGAGACAAAUAGAGAAGAUCCGAAGGCGGUGCUUGACGGCGUCGCCGUCGCCGGACUCGUCGGACUCCUCCGUCAGUUAGGCGAUCUGGCUGAAUUUGCUGCAGAAGUUUUUCAUGGAUUACAAGAACAAGUGCUAAUUACAUCUUCUAGAAGUCAUAAAUUGAUAGAACGAGUACACACCGUUGAAGCUAAACUUCCACCAUUAGAGAAGGCUAUUUUGGCACAAAGGAGUCACUUACAUUUCGCUUACACAGCUGGUUCUCACUGGCAUACUCGACUUAAAACCGAACAAAAUCAUUUCAUUUAUAGUGACUUGCCACAUUGCGUUAUGGAGCCGUAUGAAGACUGCCAUGAUCCUCCGCGUUUGUUCAAGCUUGACAAAUUUGAUACUGGGGGCCCGGGAUCUUGCUUUAAAAGAUAUUCAGAUCCAACUUAUUUCAAAAGAUCUUCGGCUGGACCUUAUGAAGCACAUCUUCAAACUGUCCCGAGAGAAAGAAAAGCUCGAAGAAACAAGAAAAAGAAAUCUUCAUCGAGGUAUAGAGACGUGACACGUGGCGCUCCAGUAAUCAUGCAUAGUGAACGAACGGAGUAUGGCUCUGCGAACUUAGAAGAGACCCCUUCUCAAGACAUUUCCACAUUCCAUGUUCCGGAAAAAACCGUAAUUGAACCCGAAAUUAACCAUUUGACUUCUUUUGACUCGAAGAAUGGGUCUGGUUACAUAGAGUGUAUCUUCCGUCCAAGCUGCUCAACACAAUCUGAAGACAACAAUGCUAAAGAACCGUCUUCUGAUUCAAAUGUGCAACAUAAUGCUUAUCUUGAUUUGGCUUCGUUUGAUGAAAAUUUUCACAACAGUCAUCUAGCAGAGGAUAGUGGGUCAAACUCAAAGUCAGCUUACAUUACCUGGGAUGAAAAGUUAGAAAUUAUAGAUUCUGCAGGCCAGCCGAAUGAAUCUAUAGAGAUACCUUGUACUACAAGUGAGAAGAUUGAUAAGGAAGAUCUGAACUCCAGAGUUGUUGAUCAUUUUGAUUUUGACUUUGAAGAUGAACAAGCGCGUCCAACACCAGCUGUCGUUAUCCGGGGCCAGCAUGAUGAGAUUGAAAGUGAAACUGAUUAUUACAUGGAUGCGCUUAACACCAUUGAAUCAGAAUCUGAAAAUGAUCUAGAUUGCCACACAAAGAGAGAACUGAAGCAAUCCUCAAAUGUGAACGACAAUAAAGAAAGUCACAUAGAUGACAAUUCAAUGAAUUUUGAGUUUCAUGUUCCUGAAAAAACUUACUUGAGCCCUAUGUCAAUAUCCCAUGAAUCACAUGUGGAAGGUGAAGAACGUUCAUGCAAUAUUCCUCAUAAAUUCAAAUCUGAAGAAGUUGAAAGAGUCGUUACAAGCGCAGAGAACAAGAAUGUUGCCAGCUCUAACAAACCAAACUUACAGCCACUUGUGAAUGAACCUAUAAGACCUCAUGAGUCUCCAAUGCCAUCCUGGUCAACUUCCGGUGGUCAAACUUCAAUCAACAAUCCAGUUAUGUUUUGGACGAAUGGUGGACUGUUGGGAUUAGAACCUUCGAAACCUCCAGAUUUUGGUUUGCCAACUGCUGUUGGUUCAGAGCCUGUGGAAGAAUCCAAAACCGAUUCGACACAACGUUCACGUCAAGAAAACACCAACAAUGGUAUCAAACCUGAAUCAUUUGCUCAACUUCCUGGUGAUAACGAUUCCAGCACAAUGACACCUGGAACUGACGGGGCAGACGAUCCUAUCAAUUCAUCUCGGAUAUUUGAAUUCAGCAAUAGAUUAUUAGUCAAUGGUUUCAGGAAACAAAUAUCACUUGUUGGGAAUGAAAGGCUUGCCAGCUCAGUGAAAACCGAUGUGCCUGAGAAUACAAGUAUACGUAAAGGGUAUCAAACCGUUACCGGGAUACCUUUCAAAGAACAAUUUGGGAAUGGAAACCCGUUCAUCUCACCUUCUUCACCGCCCCUUGAACACAUGAGGAUAUCAUUCCAGCCUAUUGAUGGAUUCCAGAGUUCUAAACUGAAAUUGGCGUUCCCAGAUGGGAAUAAUAACAAUGACGAUAAAAGUAACGAACACAUGUUUCCUUCAUUUCAGUUGGUUCCCGAGCCUGCAGGUUCUUUACACGAGUUUGAUUCAGAUUCUGAUGAUGAUGACACGUUCUGUAGAUCAUCUCCGUAUGCAUCCGAUGACGCCCAUAGUCAUGCUUCGGAAUCAAAUUCCGAGCAGUGGGAUUCUAGUGAGUCUCCGAGAAUCAAGGAUCAAGAAUUAGAUGAUGCUUUUGGCAGGAUCUCAAUCAUCUCAUCUGCGGAAUCAAUUUCAAGCGCUCGUGUGAAUGGAAUCGGAUUUCAAUCUUCUCCGCAUGGUCUUUUAUUUGAUAUUCCAAAUCUUGAUUCUAUGAAAGCUUCAGAAAACCAGGUAACCAAUAACGUCAAGGAGCCCACACCACCUCCACCGCCUCUGCCGCCAAAGGAAUGGCGGGGUAUUAAACCAAAUCCCGAUGUGACGGUGGCGAAAGAAGGUGAUCUCUCGGAGACGUUUACUUAUGCGUUGAACCUGACACCUACACAGCCUACGCCCCCUCAGCAACCGAAGCCAGCUCCAAGAAAACAGGAUAAUGCUGUUGAAACCGACAGCAAUAUGAUUAAGCACAAGCAGCCAGAUUGGCAGAAUCUACGUGCUCAAAAUGGAUCUAUUCACACUAUGAGUCGGAAAGUGGGAGACGAAAAGGAAGAUUUUCUACAGCAGAUUAGAACAAAAUCACGCAAUCUAAGACGAGUUUCAACAGCUCCGGUAACUACCACGCAAGCUGGCCCUACCAGCAUUAAUGUCACUGCAAUAAUUGAGAAGGCAACCGCAAUCCGACAGGCUGUAGGAAGUGAUGAUGGAGAAGAUAACUGGAGUGACACUUGAGUUUCAGCUGACAUGAUUGCAUACAAGCCCAACUUCAGGUGAACUUGCAGUUCCACAGUUACCUACAUGUUAAUACUGUCAUUCCCUUGUAAUUAGUUUAUAAUGUUGUUUUUUUUAUUUUAAUUUUUUGAUCAAUAAUCUUACAUUGAUAGCCAUAAAUCGGUUAAUGUUAUCAAAUAUUAAACCGUCGAAGUGGUUAGCACCCUCGAAACAAACCCAACUUCUUUGUUAGAUACCUUUGUUCCUUUUAAAAAGAGUUUGCUCUUGUUGCUAGAGAUGGCAAGAGCGAGUUGGACAUGUAA